AUGUCCAAGUGGCUUGCUGUGCUCUGCACUGCCCUUGUGUGGUGUUGCUAUUUUUGCAGUAUCCCUGCUGCCACUUCUAUGGCAAAUAAUGCGACAGAUAGAGCUGCAUUGGAGGCCUUCAAGGCUGCAGUUGUUCAAGACCCAUUUGGUGCCCUCACCUCCUGGAAUCAUUCACUCCACUAUUGCCACUGGAACGGUAUUUUGUGCAGUCGUCGACAUCCUGAUAGAGUCAUUAGGAUAACUCUAAGGUCGCAAGGCCUGGUUGGAUCACUCUCACCUCAUGUCGGAAACCUCUCCUUUCUCAAAAGUGUCGUUCUUCAAAACAAUAGCUUCCAUGACCCAAUCCCACAGGAGAUGGGUCGCUUGUUUCGGCUACAAACAAUAGAAUUCAGCAAUAAUUCGUUUGGCGGUGGAAUUCCCAACAACCUUUCUCGCUGCUUAAAACUUGAAUGGCUGAACUUGAUCGACAACAACCUAACCGGAAACAUCCCAGCUGAGUUGGGCACUUUGUCAAGGCUUGGAACUUUAGCCCUGGGUACAAACAAGCUUUCAGGUACCAUCCCUCCUUUCAUUGGAAACCUCUCAUCUCUUUACCAAAUCUCUUUAGCAGAAUUAGCUGAUAACCAACUUGAAGGAAAUAUUCCUCCUGAUAUAGGCUCCACACUCCCUAAUCUCAAGUUUCUUUAUCUUUUCACCACUUUGUUUACUGGAACACUUCCUACUUCACUGUCAAAUGCUUCCGAGCUUGAAUCAAUAGACUUCUCUCAGAAUGAUUUUAGCAGGACAAUGCCAACAAAUCUUGGAAAACUUUUGGGUCUUGGAUUUAUAAAUGUUUAUCAAAAUCGGUUGCAGGAUGACUUGGCUUUUAUUUCGUCUCUAACAAAUUGCACCAGUUUACAAGAUAUUCAAGUGGGUAGUAAUCUUUUUAGAGGUUCAUUGCCUGACUCCAUAGCUAAUCUCUCCACAUAUCUUAACUUGAUAAAUUUGCAGAUUAAUCAAAUACAUGGAAUCAUUCCAUCUGGCAUCGGGAACCUACUCAACCUCACUGUCUUAUCUAUGGCAGAGAAUAAUCUUGCGGGCCCUAUUCCAUCCUCCAUUGGCAGACUUCAAAAUCUGCAAUAUCUGUUCUUAGGCCACAAAAAAUUCACAGAACUUCCAUCUUCGCUUGGUAAUUUGACUUCAUUGAUUAGUCUCGCCUUGGAAGGAAACAAAAUCCAUGGAAGCAUACCUCCGAGUUUGGGCAAUUGUCAUAGCUUGUUGGAAUUAGCCCUUUUUCAAAAUAAUCUCCAUGGUUCAAUACCCCCUGAAAUUAUGAGUCUCAACUCCAUUUCAAAAUUCCUCUGGUUAGAUCACAAUGCACUAACUGGUUCUCUUCCAUCAGAAGUCGGCUCUUUGACAAAACUUGGAGACAUGGAUGUAUCCUAUAAUAGAUUAUCAGGACCCAUACCAAACACGCUGAGCAAUUGUUUGAGUUUGGAAUGGCUUCACUUGGAGGCCAAUUCAUUUGAAGGAGAGAUACCUCAAAGUUUGAGCAUGUUGAGGGGCUUAAGAGUAUUGGAUCUUUCGCGCAAUAAUUUGUCAGGGUUGAUCCCAAGCUUUCUAGGUGAGAUUCAAUUAGAUAUGUUGAAUUUGUCUUUUAAUAUGCUACAUGGACAAGUUUCCACACAGGGAGUGUUUCAAAAUUCAAGUGCAAUUUCAAUUGUCGGAAAUAAUGAGCUAUGUGGAGGUAUUGCAAAAUUAGACCUUCCUCCUUGUCCAUCCUCCAAAUCAAGCAACAACAAGCUAUCUCACAGGAUGAAGGGAUUCUUAAUCACGUUCAUAAAGGGAUUCUUAAUCACGUUCACUCUAAUUAGUGUUGGAAGCUAUGCUUCAGUUUAUAAAGGGAUUCUUAAUCACGUUCACAUGGUUGUUGCAGUGAAAGUGCUCAAUCUUCAGACCAGAGGAGCUUCUAAGAGCUUCAUGUCAGAAUGCAAAGCACUAAGAGCCAUAAGGCAUCGAAAUCUUUUGAAAAUUUUGGGCGUUUGUUCCAGUUUGGAUUUCCAUGGUAAUGAAUUCAAAGCUUUGGUAUAUGAAUUUAUGGCCAAUGGAAACUUGGGCAAUUGGUUGCAUCAAGUCGGAGUUGGAGACCAUGAGCAGCAAGAGGAACCUAGAAAUCUUAAACUAAUCCAGAAGCUGGACAUUUCAACGGAUAUUGCCUUUGCACUUGAAUAUCUUCAUUGUGGUUGUGAGUCGACAAUUAUUCAUGGUGAUCUAAAGCCAAGUAAUGUUCUUUUGGAUGAUGAGAUGAUUGCCCAUAUUGGAGAUUUCGGGUUGGCAAAAAUUAUUUCUACCGCUUCAAGUGAUGUGGCACACGGUCAAAGCAAUUCAGUUGCAAUAAGGGGAACCAUAGGCUAUGUUGCUCCAGAGUAUGGCAUGGGGGACAUGGCUUCCACACUAGGGGAUGUAUACAGCUUUGGGAUUCUUUUACUGGAGAUGUUUACAGGUAAGAAACCAACUGAAGACAUGUUUAAGGAUCAUCUAAAUCUUCAUAAUUUCGUUAAGAAUGCAUUGCCUGAUCGAGUGAUGGAGAUUGUGGAUCCUUGCAUCAUAUUGGAGCAUAACACAAGAAGGUGGAUUAAAGACUGCAUGGUUUCGAUUCUACGAAUUGGGGUUGCAUGUUCAAUGGAAUCAACAAGAGAUCGAAUGGAAAUGGGGAGUGUUAUUAGUGAAUUGCAUAAGAUCAAAAAUACUUACAUGAAUGAAGGGUUGAACACAGACUAG